CGUAUCUCGGCUGGUGUUAAUCGACUCCCGGAAUUAAAUACACGUGCAGCUUAUAACCUAAGCCUAGGAACGCGUGUUUUAAUGAGUGCGUGGUGAUUCUGUGAUAGUGAUGGGUGCCCCGAAAAAGGCAACAAAACGAAAGCAGAGCGUGAUUGCUACCAAAAAAGCGGUGAAUAGUAGCCCAGUUAAAAAUGUAGAGGAAUCAGACGAAUUAUCGGACUCGGAAUCGGAAGAUUUCUUGCCUACUGAUCAAAUAAACGACGACGAGGAUAGCACGGAUGACGAGGUCACAAAUGAAGAAGAAGCUCCUGAUUCUGAUACAGAAAAAGACCCAAUUGUUUUUGGAUCGGACAACGAGGAGGAUGAACUCGAGUUUGAGUCUGACUCAGAAGAUUAUGAUGAGGAGGAAGAUGAUCAAUCAGAAAAGGAUUCUGAUGAGGAGGAAGAUGAUGACUCCGAAAAGGAUUCUGAGGAAGCGGAAGAUGCAAGUGACGAUUCUGAGGAAGAGAAAGAUGAAACAAAUUUAGCAUCUGCUGAUGAGGAAUCUGAAGAAGAAGUACCAGAAACCAAAACAACUAAUAAAUCCUUAAUAAAGUCUAGGAAACAAAAUAACGAUGACAAAGGGGUAGCUAAGAACAAAGUUAAAAAGAAAGUGAGCCUUACAAAUGCUAGUGAAAGAAAUUCAAAAAAUGGUUUGCCAGGCAAUAAAACGAAUCUUGUAAAUAAAAAUAGUGCUAGUGUAGCGCCUGGAGUAGACAAACAGCUGAGCAAUACAGAUGAAUAUGAAAACGAUACAUCGGAUGAAGAAGAUCUCAGAAAUACUGUUGGGAACAUUCCAAUGAAAUGGUAUGAAGAAUAUCCUCAUAUUGGAUAUGAUUGGAAUGGAAAGAAGAUUCUAAAACCAGAGAAAGGGGACCAGUUGGAUAAUUUCCUGAAGCGAAUGGAAGACCCUGAUUUUUGGAGAACUGUGAAAGACCCUAUGACUGGACAAGAUAUUGUACUCAGUGAAGCUGAUAUCGAACUUAUUACUAGAAUACAGAAACAAAAAAUACCUGAUGCGCAAUUCGACGAGUACGCGCCCUGGGUUGAGUGGUUCACAUCAGAAGUUAUGAAAACACCUUUGCGUAAAUUCCCUGAGCACAAGAGAUCAUUCCUGCCUUCGAAGUCUGAGGCAAAGAAAGUCUCCAAAUUGGUUCACGCACUAAAGAUGGGAUGGAUCAAAUCUACUGUUGAAAUGGAGAAAGAGAAGCAAGAAAAGAAGGGUGAGCAGCAAUUUUAUAUGCUUUGGCAGUCAGAUGAUCAGGCAGAAGAAAUGCGCAGAAUUCACAAGCAUAUACCAGCGCCUAAGAGACACCUACCAGGUCAUGCAGAGAGUUAUAACCCACCACCUGAGUAUUUGUUCGAUAAAAGAGAAUUGAAGGAAUGGAAUAAGCUCAAGUCCACCCCAUGGAAGAGGAAACUUCAUUUCAUCCCACAAAAGUUUAAUUCACUCCGGGAAGUACCAGCUUAUUCAAAGUAUAUUAAAGAGCGGUUCCAGAGAUGUUUGGACUUAUAUCUUUGCCCAAGAGCCCUGAAAAUGAGGUUGACCAUUGAUCCGGCAAGUUUAGUUCCACAACUACCUAGUCCCAAAGAUCUACAACCAUUCCCUACCACUAUGUCUAUGGUGUUUAAGGGACACACAGAUAUGAUCAGAAGUUUUGCUGUUGAGGCUAAAGGACAGUACAUUGCUUCUGGUGGAGAUGACAUGACGCUUAAAAUUUGGGAAGUAGCGACGGGUAGAUGCGUAAAAAGUAUUCCUUGCGGGGGCAUAGUGAGAAGCGUUGCUUGGUGCCCUAAUCAAGCAAUCUCUCUUAUUGCUGUAGCUGCCGAUCAGAAAGUUUUGUUGAUCAAUCCUGGUAUAGGAGAUCAUUUAAUUACCAGCAAAACUGACCAACUUUUGGAAAUCAUACCUCAAAGCGACGUGAUAGUGAGCGAGAGAGUCAAGACGGCGGUUCAGUGGGAACAAGCAGGGGGUGAAAAUUGGCAAACAGGUAUAAGAAUCAUACUAAAUCAUUUUAAAGAUGUUAAGCAAGUUACAUGGCACGCCCGAGGUGAUUAUUUGGCCACUGUUAUGCCUGAUGGACAAAAUAGGUCUGUGUUAAUUCACCAACUUUCGAAGAGACGCUCGCAACUGCCCUUCAGUAAAUCUAAGGGGUUGGUGCAAUGCGUGUUAUUCCAUCCAAUAAGACCAUUUUUAUUUGUGGCGACACAGAGAAAUGUAAGAAUAUACGACUUAGUCAAGCAAGAGAUGGUGAAGAAACUGCUCUCAAAUUCCAUGUGGAUCUCAACGAUGGCAAUACAUCCUGGCGGCGAUAACAUAUUGGUGGGGACAUAUGAUAGAAAAAUGCUUUGGUUUGAUCUGGACUUGAGUACAAAGCCAUAUCAAACACUACGGUUACACGGAACGGCAGUGCGAGGGGUUGCAUUUCAUAAACGCUAUCCGUUGUUUGCGUCAGGAGCUGACGACAAAAGCCUUAUUAUAUCUCAUGGAAUGGUGUACAAUGAUCUCCUCCAAAAUCCGUUGAUUGUACCGUUAAAGAGGUUGUGCAAUCAUGAAACAUAUAAUGAUUUUGGUAUUCUCGAUGUCAUGUUUCACCCUAUACAGCCUUGGGUUUUCUCAGCCGGAGCGGACGCAACUAUUCGAUUAUAUACAUAAUUUUAAUACGAAUAAACGCUAUUUCAGCCCACGACUGCAGUGUCGUAUUCUAAUAAACUUAUUUUAUUAUAAUGA